GUUCUCAUAUAUUUUAUUAAUGCCUCUAUGGUUCCUUCAAAUCCUUUGAAGAAAAUCAAGCUCUACUUAAGAAUAUUAAAUUUAAGAAUUUGAUUAUUAGUUGAAUGAAUUAUAUAUUUUGCGUCUAGUUUUGACAAAGUUAUUUUUUGCUUAUAAUUAUGUUCAAUACGACUAAAUUAUAAGUUGAGAACCCAUGUUUUCUGUUCCAAACAUUAAGACAUAACCUACAACGAGAUUCACUUGACUAAAACAUCUCAUUUUAUCUGUAUUUGAGAAAAAAAAUCAAUUUUACAUGAUCUUCAUUAAUGUGUGUUUGAACAUAAAAAAAACAUUAUUUUAAUGUAAUGCUUGUGCAUACAUUAUGUGUAAUAUGAGUCACGCAAUUAAUUGCGCUAAACAACUAAAGACACAAGAGGACAACAAAGAUUGUCCACGAGCCUUACAGAAUAUAUGCAAUUGGUUUUAUGUUGACAAAUCAGCUAUAGAGUAUCAUGAGUUAGAUGAAGUUAAAAUUAUAAAUUAUAAUGAAUUGCAAGCAGCAAAAGAAACAGUUUCGAAACAUUUGAAAUGCAUACAGAAUCCUGAAUUUAUUGGCAUUAAUUUUGAUGUUUUAGAAUAUUGUGUGCCUUCUUUAAUGCUUGGAAUUCUUGAUAGUGGACAUGCUUUUUUCAAUGUGCCUGCAGAUCCAUUGACAUAUAAAGAAUUAUUUGUCUCUUUACAUGUAAAAUAUAUUUUUGAGAAACAUGUGAUAUCGAACAGAGAGAUCAUAUGUCAAUUUGAUAUUCAUAGACAGUCUAUAUACUUGACAAAAUUAAUAGAUGUUCAAGAAAGUAUCAGUAACAGAAGAUGGUAUCACUUUGCAUAUGCAAUUGCCACUUCAGGAUCAACUGGGAUACCAAAAGUUGUUAAAGUGCCCCAUUCUUGUAUAUUGCCUAAUAUUAUAGAUUUAAAGAAAAUUCUAGAUGUAACAAAAUCUGAUAAAAUCGCUCAGUUAACAAGUUUCACAUUUGACCCUAGUAUUGUUGAAAUUUUCUUAAGUCUUUGUUGUGCAGCAACUCUGUUUAUGGUAUCAAAGUCAUUAAACAAUGAGACAAACAGACUUUUAAUGGAAAUAUUCCACGCUCAUGUAACACUUCUUCAAAUUACUCCAUCGCUUCUCUUUCAUAAAUGGUCCACUGAACGUUUGAAAACAACAAUAUUAGAUAAGGACUCUCAGUUAAGAAUUCUUCUUUUGGGUGGAGAACCAUUUCCUAGCAUAAAAUUACUUUCAGAAGCUAGUCAUCCACAAAAUAUAACAAAGAUAUUUAAUAUUUAUGGAAUAACAGAAAUAUCAUGUUGGUCUAGUAUUAAUGAGAUCAUUAUAAACAAUGACAUUGAGUCUUGCCUUGGUAAGCCUCUGUCAGAAACGAUAUUCCAGAUUAAAAAUGAAGAUAACGAAGUGAUAACUAGAGGCGAAGGCACUCUUUAUAUCGGAAGUAGUAGUAGAAUUUGCAUUGUUGGAAAUGAAAGUGAAAAAGAUUUGAGUGCACCAAUCUUCCGUGAUACUGGCGAUAUCGUUUCAAUAGAUGAUCAAGGUAGAAUAUUUCACAGAGGAAGACAAAAUAACAUCGUCAAAAGAUUUGGAAACAAAAUAAAUUUGCGAAAACUUGAGAAAGUCGUGACGGAAUUAAAUUACGUACAGAAUUGUGCUGCAAUAUGGGACGCAGAGAGCCACAAAUUAUAUAUAUGUUUAUGCACUACAAAAACAGAAGAAUUUCCUAAGUUGCAAAAUGAUAUAAUGUCACACUUAAAGAUAUUACCAGCGAUUUAUAAACCUGAUAAAAUAAUUAUAUUAGAACAUUUUAAUCUUACUACUAGUGGAAAAAUUUGCCUCGCGUCGCUAAGAAAAAUAUGUCGAGAAUCUAAAACAGAAAAUAUUAAUCCAAAAGAUGUGGAUAAUAUAUUUGAGAAUUUAUGGAACCAGCACAUAAAAUCUAAAGAUGCUGGUUUUUUGGUUUCUGGUGGUACAUCAAUAGCAGCACUUCAGAUCUCAAGCGCCGCCGCUGAGGUUUUUAACAUAGAAUUUCCUGAAUUGAUUGGUAUGUUGCUUAAGGAUGUUACAUUCAACGAGUGUGUCAAUUAUAUCAAAAGUACUUUGAUUAGCCGAGAAUGCAGCAAGAAUGUCAGUCGCGUCAGCGUUUCUCUUGAUGGCAAUUCUUCUAAAAAAAUGCUUAAUACAAAAGAAUCUUUCGCAAAACAAUCAAAUAAUAAAAAUUAUCAGUAUAAAUGCAGAGGAAGAAUUUAUGGCGAUGCGUUAAUACAAGAACAAAGUCCUGGAUCUCUUUUAGAAAAUAUAUCAAAUAUUGAAAUAUCAGCAACCUAUAAUUUGCAAAAAUGUGUCGACGCUUCGCCAACUGUGUAUCGUUAUUCCGAAACAGAAUUAUAUGCAACAGUCGGCUCACAUUCCGGAAUUAUAUGUACUGUUAAUUUGCUAGAAACAAACAGUACUCCGCACGAGGUGAAACUACCGGACAGGAUAGAAGCUUCUGUUUUAGUUCUGGCUAAUUUUCGCGGCAUCGUAGGCUGCUAUGAUGGAUGCAUUUAUUGUAUCCACCUGAAAACUGGUGAAGUAAUCUGGAAAUUUCAAACGCAGGACAUGGUUAAAUGCACGGCGAUAACAUGUGUGCAAGGAAACAGAAUAUUCGUGGGUUCUUACGACCGUUGUGUAUAUUGUCUUUCGAUAGAAGACGGUGCUCAAGUAUGGAAAACUAAAGCGAGUCAAGGUGGAAUCUGUGCCACUGGCUGCUUGCACCAACAAUCGACUUCCGUUCUUUUCGGAACUUUAGACGGCACGUGCUUGGCUCUGCAACAAAGUUCCGGACAAGUUACGUGGAAGCGCAAACUGCAGGAUCCGAUUUUCGUCGCCCCCGCCGUUCUCGAGAUUGGACAUGUUCUAUUUUGUUCUGUAGCUGGAACAUUGUGUUGUUUCGACAUCGAAACAGAUUGUCAAAUAUGGCGAUACGUGAUACACGGCAAUGUGUUUUCGUAUCCCGUGACAUUGACUCGUGAGUUUACAAACAGCGAGUGCGUCAUCUUGGCCAGUCAUAAUAAAAAUCUGUAUUGCCUCGAAACGCCACGGAAAAUAAUUGGGCAAAACGAGCUGAAAUUAAGAUACAUGUUAGAAUUGCAUUCGCCUAUUUUCGCGACUCCUUGGUGCAGUGAUGGACAUAUGUUCGUAGCAUGUACAGACGGCACCUUCCAAGUGUUUGAUCUAUCGGGAGGCAAAUCGUUAGCGAUUAAGCAACUUCCCGGCGAAACGUUUUCCUCACCGGUUGUCCACAACGAUCUAGCUAUCUUGGGAUGCAGGGACAACAAUCUUUACAUUCUGAAACUUAGUUAAUACAAUAAAUUCAAUAUAAUAAAAAUAUGACGAUAAAUUUUCCAUUAAACGCGACCAUUUCCUCCUAUGUCCCAAAAUUUUAAGCAAAGCCAGUUAGAAUUGCAAAGGGCACGAUUAAUACAAUAUCAUUUAUUCCAUUCUGCUUUUGUGUGUUACAAGUUGAUGGAUAAAGGACGAUAAAGAGUAUCCAUUGCUGUCGAGACAAGUAUCUGUUAUCCUAAUGUACCCGUUUUCCAGAUUUUUUUCAUACUUUGUAUGAAAUUGCGUGUGUCUGUCGUAACCCAUACCAGAGUGCAAAGGAAAAAAUGUGAAUCUAGGAAAACAGCUGAUCCAUCUCUUCUUUGAUGCAAGCAUGCAGACGUACGUAUGCCAUUAUUUAGUCGAUCAAUGUAUAUAUGUGAAUAUUCACUCUCGUUUUCUCUUCUUAUCAAGUAACGAUAUAAUAUUACGAGAUACACUCGUAUUUAUUAUGCAAAAGAAAUAGUCCGGAUCUCAAGCUCACACGAAACAACAACACUUUAACGAUUCCAUUUUUUCGUAUUUAUAUAUGUAUACAUAUCUUUUUAUAUAUAUAUAUAUAACUAUAUAGAUCUAUAAUAUAUCUAUAAUAUGAAAUGCUUGGCCACUCCGGAUAUCCUCUUUGUUCGAACAUUUCGAUAUCAAUUUCUGUUUUCGUUUUUUUCCUCCUUCAGCACUUUUCAUCAACUUUGUCUCAAGCGUGUAUGAGCAUGCGACUCUCCUAUUCCUAAUUCUGUUUCUAAACAUAUGUUCAAGAUAUCUAAUCGUGCUAUCCAUAGUUACGAUUUGCUUCCUAAAUGAAAAUUUCUUCAAAGGUAAACGAAUAUGCGAGAUAAAAUAUAGUUACACAAUCCCAUACGUGAAUAAAUAUAACUUUUCGAACAACACGUUAUAUCUGGACGCUAUGUUUAAAUUUGCUAGGACGAUCGAUAAGCAGCGGAACGUUUAUCGAUGCAAUAUCUUCGUCCGCUUCAUGUAAAAUUCAUAUAUACCAUUGUACGAUUACUUUGUUCAAAUGUUUAAAUGCAACUUGGGCAACCUAAAAUCAACAUAUCUGACCACGGACAACAUAAACCUUUUCAAAUUUGUAACAACCGAGAUUUUGCGGAAACAUUUCGUCUAUAUCUAUAGGAAUUACCACAGUGCUAAUCUAGACAGAUAUGGUACUUAUAUCGUUAAUCAAUCAGUUUGUUAAACGUCAGUUUAACAAUAUAUUGUACCUCACGUAGCAACGCAGUGAUGUACCUGUAGACUUUUUUUUUUUUUGUACAAUUUAAUCUGCCGAUGAACGUUUCACCUACAUCUCGGUACAUUAAGAUAUGAUACAUAUGUACUGUAUAAACACAGUGACGGACGUCUGCAUUUAUCUUUGUCUCUUUUAGUAUUAUUUUUCGUACGAACGUAUUAUAUUGGCAGAUUGGAUUUACGUUCCGUGCAAAAUAUAAAUUUACAAGAGGAUCUAACCUUAUAAUCCGUUGAAAGUCGUAGAAAUAGAGUCCGAAAGUUCCUCCAUGUAAAUAUGAGAAUUUGUGUGCUUUGAAGGAUCCGCAGGAACAGCAGGAUGAGAUUAAGGACGAUGUAGGGCAGAGAGACAAAGAGAAAGAAUUUGUGUGCUUUGAAGGAUCCGCAGGAACAGCAGGAUGAGAUUAAGGACGAUGUAGGGCAGAGAGACAAAGAGAAAGAGAUAGAGAAUUUAGCCAACUUUGCCUUCGUUUUCCAUCCUCUUUU